AUGUUAUGGCAAUUGAAAUCUCUAGUAGAAGAUAAUAUUAUCUUGGAUGAUUUAUGCUGCCACGGGGACUCACUCAUUGAUAGGAUGUUAUCAUCUCUACCCCGCAGGGAAAGAAUGACCUCUGCCGCACACACAAAGGGCCCACAAAUCCAGAACAAACAUGCUCCUGUUAGUUUACAGCGGGCACCACUCGAUGUUCAAAUCCCACUCGGGAGAAUUUUCAGUGAAGAACCUGCAACUGGUGGGAUUCGGCUGUUAGAAAGCAUUGCAGCUGUUGCAUCAGGUUGGGCUUCUAGUGAUCCCCAAUCUCAACCCAUCGAUUCAGUUUAUCAAAACAUGAAGCACUCCGAGAUUGAUUUGCUAAAUGGCUCGUUUGUAUCCACUGAUAACUUUCAGGGAGCACAUUACUUGGAAGCAAUACUUGAUAGAAAGACAAGAGAUGCAGCCUUACUUGUUAGGAAAUGGCUUCAAGAAACUCUACGCAGAGAGAAAAUACCUCUGAACAUGAAAAUUCGCCCUGGUGUUGCUACUGCACCAGAGCUUCAUGCCAUGGUUAAACUGCUGGCUUCAAACCAGGCAUCUUUUGUAAGAAACAAGGGGAUUAUUCAGCUAGCGGUAGCUGCUGAAAUAGCACUGAGCGAACCUCACCGUUCGCGGUGGGACACAUUCAUCAGUGCGGAAAGGAUAUUGAGUGUAAGUGCUGGAGACAGCCAGAAUCUUUCGGGCCAAAUCCGGGAUCUCAUGCAUAAAAGCAUGUUGGCAGGACCCCAUGAGCGCGGACUUCUUUCCUUCCGAGAUGUGCUCAUUCUUGCAGUUGUUGGAUAUAUGCUGGCUGGUGGAAGUUUCUCGACAUCUGGGUCUGGCGGGCCGUUCUCUUGGGAAGAGGAGCAUUCACUGAAGGAAGCAAUUGUGGAUGCAGUCCUUGAAAAUCCGGCAGCUGCAAGAUUUCAGUUCCUUCAUGGCCUAGAGGAAGAACUUGAAGCCAAUCUCAAAAAGUUGAAGUCUGAGGAGCCCAAGGAAGCUUUCUCUGGUAAAUCCACGCCUGUUGAUUUUGAUGAUCAGUGGGGCAGUUGGGAUGAUGAAGAUACAGAUCAGAGUAGCGAACAGGUAUAUAGUGACAUGCAGUUAAGAUUGGAGUUGCGGGAUCGGGUAGACCAUGUUUUCAAGAUGUUUCACAAAUUAUCAGGCUUGAAGCGGAGGAACCCAAGUUUCAAAGAAGGGCUCUUGGCUUUUGAAAGUAACUCCGGAAGCGAUAGUUAUACAAGCAGAGGGCUGCUUUAUAAGCUUCUGACCAUGGUGUUGGGGAACUAUGAUAUUCCUGGACUGGAGUACCAUUCUUCUGUUGUGGGGCGGUUUUUCAAAAGCGGAUUUGGAAGAUUUGGCCUUGGACAGGCAAAACCAAAGUUGGGUGAACAGAACGUUCUUCUUGUUUUUGUUGUGGGAGGCAUCAAUGGUCUCGAGGUCCGUGAAGCUUGGGAGGCGGCAUCAGAAAGUGGUAGACCAGAUGUCGAGUUGAUUCUUGGCGGUACGACUCUUCUAACUCCUGAUGACAUGUUUGAUUUGUUGUUAGGGUCUUCAAGCUACUUCUAAUUCAUCUCCAUAUAACAUUUUUGAA